AUGGGUAACCGACAACUAGUGUUUGUACUCGUGCUAUGGUGUGUCCUUGAUGCACACUUAUUCGAGUUUGUCUACGCUCGCACUUUGAACAGCAUGAUGACAGCUUCAUCCCCAAUGACAGAAAUUACAGGGACGGUCAGAGCGACGCUAUUAACCAGCCUCGAUUAUUCAACUUCGAAUUCCGCGGACGCAGACGUGUCUGAGACUCCAAGUGAGACCGUUGCGGCUACCGCAACUGGGUCAUCCGUGGAUUCAGCAAAUAGUUGCAGCGACGAGGAAGUAGCUCAUCUCACGAAGCUCAACGAGAACAACCUGCAUCUUCAGUCACAAUGUAACACUAGGGCCGGACUGGACUCGUAUGUUUUCCCAUUCAGCGGAGGGCUCAGCUACGAUCAGAUGGUGGCCAUGAGCAUGAUUAUCGAGUGUGAAUACUACUUCCGAGCAGUGCUACUAGUACAGCUCAAAGAAUGUGUCAACGCUAAUGUCUACAUCCGAACAACAGCGGAGACGGUCCUUCAGCUUGCUGUUACUUCAGAAAAUGCACCAACAGAAGCCGAGGUCAAUGAAGCGAUGGCAGUGCGCAAGACCUACAACUCGGCCCUUCGAGAUGGAGACGACGCGGCCUCCUACUCGGCCAUGAGUGGGGCGUCAGCUUUGAGCUGGAAUAUUGAAGGCAACACGAUUGAUACGAUCGAUCCGGCCAACACCACGGGCCAAUUACUACUGAGCACAGAAUUGUAUGUUAUCGGCACUUACUACGCGCCGCCAAAUAUUUCCGCUUCCGCCAUCUCCACAAUACAAGAUGUACGGAUACCAGGACAUAGUACUGACAUCUCUGUGGCUAGUGAGAAAAGAAACUUGUCGUGGCUGGUAGCGUUGAUAUCUGCGUGUACGAGUGUGUUGUUGCACUAG